UUUUUAUAAGUGAUAUAACGUUUGAUGAUAACUAUCAACAAUUGAUAAAUUACCAAAUAUUUCUAAUUUUACUCUUUCAAAAUAGAAACUAAUUCUCCACAGUAUUUUUAGUAAUUAUUUUUAAUUUAAUUUUGCAAUUAUGGAUGCUAGUACGUGUACACUUAAUAAUGACUCUAAUCAUUGGAAUAGUUUAUUAUUGGAUGUUCAAAAUAAAAGUCGAAAAAAAUUACCCGAAAAUAAAAAUGUAUUAUUGCUAGGUGAUAGUAAAUCAGGUAAAACUACAUUAGUAACAAAAUUGCAAGGUUUAAAAGACUCUAAACAAGGAUGGGGUAUGGAGUAUGGUUAUAUUCAAAUACGCGAUGACAGCACUGAUGAGAAUGCCCAGUUAAAUGUCUGGACUUUGGAUGGAGAUAGAUCUUUAAAGUAUUUAAUGAAGUUUGCUUUAAAUGAAUACAACUUUGAAGAUACUACAAUAAUUUUAGUUGCCUCUAUGAAACAACCUUGGAAAAUAAUGGAAUCAUUAGAGUAUUGGUCAGCUAGAUUGCAGGACCACAUAGACAAAUUAAAUUUGGGAAUGGAACUUACACAGAAUCUUAGAGAUAGAUGUGUUGAUAGAAUAAUUGAUUAUUGUUCUCCUGAUGAUCCAACUCAUGAAGUAUGCCCUAAGGUUAGAUUGCUUAAUGAAGGAGUACUUACUAGAAAUCUUGGGCUAGAUGUUGUUGUCGUCAUAACUAUGACUGAUUGUAUAAAGAACUUAGAAAUAGAUAACUAUUCUGAUGAACAUUUUGAUUAUAUCCAGUGUGCUCUAAGAAAAUUUAGUUUACAGUUUGGAGCUUCAUUAUUCUAUGUAUCUGCUAUGGAAGAUAAAAACUGUGAUUUAUUAUAUAAAUAUUUAAUGCACAGGAUUUAUCGUUUUCCAUUUAAAACACCUGCAUUAAUUGUAGAAAAAGAUUCUGUGUUUGUCCCUUCAGGAUGGGAUUCAUUGAAGAAAAUUUCAGUAGUUUAUGAGAACAUGCAUAAAAUUAAUCCAGAAUCUCAUUACAGUGAUGCUAUACCACAUCCUUAUGAAAAAAAUCAUAAGGAAUAUGAGCUACAAGACGAAGAUGAACAAGCAUUUUUAGCUAAACAGUUAGUAUUGCUUAAUCAAACAGUUGUUCAACCACAGACACCUGUUGCAAGAAAAUCUCCUGAAAUACAAAAGCCAUUGUCUACUAAGCGAGAUGCUGAAAAUCCUCCAGCUAGUAGUGAAAGAGCAUUGGCUAGUUUCUUUAAUGCAUUAUUGCAAAAAAAACAAGAAUCACCUUCAUCUAGAACUCCAUCUAAAAUAUCGAUUGAUAAUACAAGUUCACUACAGUUAGAUUCAAACUGUGAUGAAACUCGCCAAAAUUGAUUUGUCAAAAUUUCAUUACUUCAGUUGUAUUUAUGUUUAUAUUCUAUACAUACACAAAUAUUAUAGCUUAAAAUUGUACAAAAUUUCUAUAAAAAUUAAAUAAAAAAAGUUUUAUUUUAUUUUAAUAA